AUGUCCACUUCAAUUUCAAACCAAGAAGCAAGCCUGUACGAUAGACAGAUACGUCUAUGGGGUUUAUCAGCACAGAACAAGAUACGCAGUAGCCACGUUGUACUGGUCAAUGCUCUGCGUGGAUGCUCAUGCGAAGUCGCAAAGAAUCUAACACUCGCCGGUGUAGGCAAGUUAACGCUUAUAGUGGAGCAUACCGACUGGGAUAAUGUAAAAGUCGAUGGAAGUACAGCCAUUUUUAUACGCGGCGGUGAGAACAAUACACAGAGCACAGAGGAUACAUUCAAAUCAAAUAUCAAUAACCUCAAUCCACACGUGCAAGUAGAAAUUAAAUCAGUGGACAGCUACAGUAACCUUGUGGACGCGUACAAAACAGCGAAUAUCGUCAUAGCUACAGAUCUACAGCCACACAAUUACAACGCCAUCCACUCACAGCUCAACCCACUAACACCACUCUACUUGAUUGGCACUCUCGGACUGGCUGGGUACGUGAUUGUGACGAAUGGUUCUGUUGACGCGAGUGGGAGUGAAAUGGUACACAAAACUCUCGACCAACUUACUCAAUCAAAACCUGGCACCAAAACACGUAAAUUGCGCGAAAAAAGAGAUUUGCUGGGUAAAUGGAGGGGAUGGCUAUUGGUAAUGGCGUGGUGGAGUUGGCUAGAAAACGAGAGGAGGAGUGUAACAACAGAGAGUGAGGAUGUUGACAGGUUCUACGACACCCUCCUCAAUAAAGCCAAGUAUGCUGAUUUAAUUGAUGACAAUCCACUGCCAUUCACAAAGGCAGACGUAGCUCAGCUUAUACCCUCACUCAACACCUCGAUAGCUCCCGUACAUGCCACCCUCGGUGGUUUCAUUGCGCAGGAUGUCAUCAGCGCUAUCAGCAGCAAACACCCCGGGACAAAUAACGCUUGGAAUUGGUUGAGUUAUGAUGCCAAAUUGGGUGUAUUCUCAAGACUUAAGUUGUGA